AUGUCUGGAAACGAGACAACAUUGGAGCAAUCCAAUAGGCGUUUGAAAGCAAAUGAGUUUCAAACAAUUGUUCCAGCAGCAAAAUCCUCAACCAUCACCAAUGUUCCCCUUACAAAGUCACAUUUUUUAGAUGCUUAUAGCAAAGGUAAAUGGAAUCUUUCAAAAGUACCGUGUCCAUCAUGUUUUGAAGGUGUUGAUUUAAUUAGCCCCCCUGAGCAUUAUAAUGAGGCACUUAGACAAAAAGUUGUGAAAAAGUUUGUCAACAGUGAACAGUGGAAGGAUAGAGAAACUUUUAAUAAGUUAAUUUCCAAGGCUUUAAAGGCAUUUCAUGUUAAAGGUGCAUCCAUAUCAAUAAUUGAUGGCAAUAGACAAUUGGUGAAGUAUCAAUCAUCGUUGAAUAUUUCUGAAUGUCCUAGAAGACUUGCAAUUGACUCACAUACCAUUCUUUCAACAGGUAAUUUUGUUCUUUUAGAUGCUUCUAAGGAUUGGAGAACAGCCAGGAACCCAUUUGUCACAAACGUUCCAUUCAUUAAGUUUUAUGCGGGUGUUCCACUUAUCACUAAGUUUGGGGUCGUCAUUGGUGCCAUAUCUGUCUUUGAUCCAUUCCCAAGGGUGGAAUUUGAAAAAAAGCAAAUAGAGGCAUUAAAAGAAUUGGCCGGUGAAGUUAUGGCAAUUUUAUGUUCUCCCGUCAAGAAAGAUUCUUCAACAACAACUUCAUCUAUCCCUUUAAUCAACCUCAUAGGUAGACCUACAAGUCAAGGAUCCCAACUCUCAUCCACUGCAGUUUAUGAAAAGGAUGGAUCAGGUAGCCCAUACUCACAAAACCACAAUUUUAGGUAUAGUAAACAUGAUGCUUUAGCUUCGCAUGAUUCCCUCAUCAACGACAAAAUUUGGAAACAACUAUCACAUAUAAGAGAUAUGAAGCUUGCUUCAUCUUUGUUGUCGAAAAUAAUUACAGAUCAUUUGAAGUUUGAUUUGGCAUGUAUUGUUGAGAUCAAGGUGUCACAGAAAUAUCAAAUUUCUUCUGAAAUUUUUCCAAAUGAAAACAAGAUAGAAGCAGAAACGUUCAAAUUUGCCGACAAAUUAUCCAGAGUUGAUAAUGAGGAAAUUCAAACUAGAGUUUUGGGCUCUUUUGGCUAUAAGGCUAGUGAUCUUACGUUCGGUUCUGAUUUAUACUAUGGCGCAUUAAGUUCUGAGUUUGGAAAGUUUUACGAGUCUACCAAUAAUAAUGCUAAGUUUAGAUCUGGUAUUUGUAUGCCUUUCUAUAGAAUUCCAUCAAAACUUGUUAGAAAAAGAAAAAUUGUCAGAAAUGAUAAGAGUUCCAAGACUAAACCAAUAGAAGUUUACUUGAGAUCUGGAGGUUAUUUGAUUUCUGUGUUUGAUGAGAAGGAACGUGAAAUUCCGGAAAAGGAAAUGAACUAUAUCUAUGGUGCUGCUUGUACACUCCGUUCUUUCAAAGUCUUUCAGAAGGCAUUAAAAUCUCAAAAAAUCAGCCUUUUUGAUGAAGCUAGAAUUGCAUACGAUGAAUUAUACAAAAUUGAAGUGAUCACGGGUGAACUCAACAUUAAUGCUGCUUCUCCAACAGUUAAAACAUUAAGAUAUCUUGCCUAUAGAAACAGAGGCUUGUUAUAUUUUGACGAACUAAAGUCCAAAAUCUCAAAUAUAAGCAUAGAAGAAUCGCUCGGAUUAAUGCUUGAUUCGCUAGAUGAUUUAGCUGAAGCGUUACAGUACAAUGAAGGUGAUGAUAUUGUAAUCGAUCUGUUGCUUAGCUUAUUUGAUUUUUUUGGGAAUGAUCGUUUAUCAAGAUUUUUGAUUGAAUAUCAAAUAACCAAGGAAGAAACUGAUGAGUUUUACCUACAUAGAAGAACAAAACUUGACUCUCCCAAUUUUCUUUAUUACCUUCAAGCAGAGAGAUUGCUAUUGAAAAAGCUGGGGACAUCAAAGUGUGCUGAAGAUUUUAAGGAGGAGCUCAUACCACAUAAAUCACUGGAAGAUGUAAGCUUUCUGGAGCCACUGCGCUCUUAUAUGAUAAGUAGGAAAGAACAAAAUUUAAAAGGUCAUAUUAAAACAAUUACCUUAGAUGAGAUCAACUGGAAAAACAUUGCGGUGAAAUUACAGAAUGUUGUUCCACGCUCGAAGCAAAGAAUCUCCAGAUUCAAAGAUUCCUAUAGAUUAGAUAACAAGACUUACGAAGUUCUGAGGUUUAAAUUUGCUACAGAAGAUGCUUCAUCUGAGGUUGAAAGGGGAGAUGAGCCAAAUUUUGAACAUGUGAUUCAAACGAAUGAUGCCGGAGCUGAAAGCGAGAAGGGGUCGCCUCUUGUCAAUGAUAAAUGUAUUGAGGAUCUAUCAAAAAAUAAUGUAACUGGAUCGUUAGAAAAAGAAAGUGAAGAUGUUAAAAUCAAUGAUGACUUUGAUGGUGAUAAUAUGGAUAUUGAUCCUACUGGUGUUGGUGAAGAUAAGAUAGAUACUGAUGCUACUGGUGUUGAAGAUAAGGUAAAUAUUGAUACUACUGGUGAUCCUGGUGAUAACUCUCAUGAAAUAUCGCGGGAAAGAGAACCUAAAAUAGAGGAUGUACGGAAUGAUAUCACCAUUAGUGAUGUCCCAGAGAAGAGGCCGUUGGGAGAGCCUCAACCGCAAAGAUCCAGUAAGAGAGUGCGUCACCAAGCAGAGCCCGAAAGUCAUGCUAAUAAGGUUGACGAAUUUGAUAUCUUCUUGAUGAAUUUCCAUAAUUAUCUCAGUGCGGAAACUAUUACAUCUCGUGUCACCUCUCGCACAAUACUUGAUUCAGGGUUGAAUGACUUACACUAUAUCGAUCUGGAAUAUUGUUUGCAAAAUUGGACUUUGAGAUUUGCGGAACUAUUAGCAUCCCAAAAUGAGAAGUCACAAAGUGGACUAGCAUUGAAUGAGCUCAUAAACACCAACAUAGUUAAUUCUAGCUUGAGUUCUGAUACAGAGGUUAAAGAAAUAGAUAAUGAGAUUGCAAUAGACUUUAUUUCAGAGGUCAACGACAAUAAUUUUCACUUCAUAGAGACAAAAUAUUCAUUUUUUAAAUAUUUAUUAGGGGAAUCAGACGGUGUGUACCCUAUCAUCAACAAGUACCUGGACAAGGAACUUUUCAGUUCUGUGGAGUCGCUUGUUUUAAGUAGCGAGUCUGAUUAUUUCUUGGAUAUUUCAAAAGGAACAGAUAACGGUAUGGUGGCUAUCGGUGUUGCUACCCUCGAAAUUCUAGUGAAUCAUUGGAUUAGUUUAAAACAAAAAUUGAAAGGAAAGGGUGGUAGUCAGAAAUCCAACAGUGAACUUGUCUUUCAAAUAAGUCAACUUGAAGCACCUAUCGAGAGAUGGCGCCAUGCUCUUACAACGCUUCUGCUUACCAAAACGAAUUCUGUUCUGCUGAUGAGAUUUAGAUGGUGUUGCAUAUUAUAUCUCCAACAUGGAGAGUUGGUCUCUUUACCGUGUCUCAAACAACUUCUUGGUGAUCUUUACGUGGAUUUUGAGAAAGUUUUAAAUGGCUCUACUAUAGAGUUCCCAAAUUAUGAAGCUAUUCCAACAUUGAACCCCAAAAUGAUAAAAAACCAAAGUGAUAAGCUAAAUGUUCUUGAUAUUUUUGAAAAGACAUUCAAAGAAGGUGGUGAUACUAAUGAGGACGCUAACAAGCUCCUUGAGAAUGUUUUACUAGGGCUGACAAAAAGAAUAUCGGAAGAAGAAAUCUCCAUGGAUCAAUUUGUUUCAGGAAGCUCGAUCACGUUAAAAUUAAAGUUGUGGAAGAUUCUUUUGGAUUCUUAUAUCACACUAGGUGAUUUGGAUAAGUACAUUAAAGCUAUGGAAGUUGUUCUGCCUCUUUUGUUAUCACAAUUAGAGGAUGAUGCAUACAAGAAGCAAAGUGACACACAGCGUUAUCAAACUCUCUUGUCCACAUUAGGAUUCUACUCAGAUUAUACUGAAGGAUUUGUUUCUAUAUUAGAAAGAAACCUAUGGAAAAUAAAUGAACCAAAUAAUGUUAUUUCAAGAAACAUAUUCCAUUUUUUAAAGAUAUUUUUCUUCUACAUAUUGAAGGAAUUUUAUGAUAAGCCGUCAUCAGCAAAGCCAUUCAGUGAGAUUGCACCAAAAUCAUCAAGUAAGUUCCAAGAUAUUAUAACCAAUUCUUUCAUUAUUUUGUUCAUCUUUGAAAGUACAUACCAACAGGAAAGCUCUGAGGAUAAAUAUGAUAUGUUUAGCAUCGUUCAUAUUCAGCUUGGUCAUCUUGGGUUUUGUGAUGCAGCUUCAGGUAAUUUUCUAAGGUUGUCUGAGCAUCUUUGGAAAAAUGCUGAUUUUGAAAUCUACGAAUCAGAUAUUUUGCAGCAUUUGGACUGUCGGUUUCAUAUUUCCAUAUCUAAUGAGAGAUUCACCCCUUAUGAACAUGAUACAGAGGAAAUUUCUUUGGACAGGGAAUCUGCUAUUACUUUUACACCAUGCUUGAUGAACCUAGUUCAUCGAAAAAGGGAUAAUGUCAAUUCAAUUCUUAAACCUGAUUUGAAGUCUGCUAUUGAUACUUUCGCGGAUGCUAUCGGUGAGCCUGAUUUAUCAAUCCCUAUAAUCCAAAAGAAUGAUUCCGCACUCACUCAGUUUUUAGAAUCUGAAUUGGACGUGCUAUUUUUUCGCAAAGCUUUUGCUGGUGCUUUAGAUAUUGAUCUUAAAAGAGGGUUUUCAUCUGAACAAAUUGUUGCAGAUCAAGGUCUAUUUUACUCACAGGCGGUGAACAACUUAAAUAUUUAUAAGAUGAGAAAGAAGGCAAUGCAAUCAGCAGUUUCCGAGCUAGAUGAUGUUUACAAAAUGAUAAAAACUGAUUUAUUAUAUGGGUCUAGGAGAUCGGAAAGUUGGUUCAUCUUAGGUCAAGUAUUUACCCUACAAGUAGAAGAUGAUUUGGUCUGGACGUCUGAUAAACUCAAUGUAUUUGAAAGAAAACUAGGAACUGCCAGCUCCCAAAGAAAAUCCAUACUUUGCUUCCUUAUGUCAUUAAGUUUAUGUGCACAAGAUCAAUUAGAUGGUGUUUAUAUCAAAAAGGAGUUCUUGACAUCUGUUCUUUCAACACUAAGUCAAACUAUUUUUAAUAGCUUGAGCUCACCAAUGUCAGCACUUUGUUUCAAGGUACAGGAUGAUAAAAGACUUUUAAAAAGUGAUGGGAUAUCGUCAUUUUUGCAAGAUGUUGUGCAGACAAAUACAAAGCAUCUGUUCAACGCAAAUUUACAAAUCAUUCGUUUAGCAGUUAAAAAUGAUCCAACCAAUUGGCAGAAUCAUUAUUAUAGUGCAAAGGUAUUGCACAAGAUGAAUUAUCCUGCUAAGCGUGUCUUACAAUCGUGUAUUGAUUCAUGUUUGGUCAGCAGUAAUGCUAUUGAGCCACAUUAUUUGUUGUUGACCAUGACAUACAAAUAUUUCAAACAAGGAAAAAUCACAGGUAAUGCUGCGUUCCAAUAUUUGAAGAAGGUUAAUCCAUUCCUCGGCCUUGCAAGUGAACAAUUAAAUGAAACCAAAAUUUCAAUUGAUGAUAUGAUAAUUUCGGGCCUAAAGAAAAUUAAUCAAAUUGAUAAGAAAAAGUGGCAUCAUAAGCACCGCUAUAGAUUAUCUAGAAUAUACUUUGAUGUUGGAAAUGCUGAUUUAGCCUAUCAAGAAAUCGAGGCACUCAUAGUUUUAAAAUCAACUAAUAAAAAUUUGGUCAGUAUUUGGAAGCCAGAAUUUGAACCUCCGGGAAAGCAUUUUGUUUAUACAUACACUUAUAUUCUUUAUUACAUCAAAUUGAUCAAUCAUUUCGCUGAUUUCCAUAAACUACUUUUAUUUACAAAAAAAUUACGUCGUUAUGGUUCUGGUAUGGUAAAUUUGGUUGAAGCAUGGGAUUUCAGUUGUUUGACUCUUUGUUUACUUACAAAAGAAAUCAUUGGUGCUGAACCAGGAUUCACGGAUAUUGAAGUUCCAAAAUUGGUUUAUAUUGAAUUCGUUCAGGGUUCACAAUCCUUGACUAAUAAAUUCAAAAAAGAGACAUUGAAUGAUGAACAAAAAAGACAAUUUACUUUGUUAUAUGAAAUUAGUGAAAUUAGAAGAAUGAAUAACGGGUUUGGCUCAACAUCUCAGCUUGAUGAUACUUUUAAUGCAAUUUAUUUGAAGGUUUAUCUAGAAUAUAUUACUUCGGAAACAAAACAUUUAUUCAUCAAUGAAAAUACGCUCUCGUCAAUAAAACCAAGUUCAACACCUAUUAAAACCAAGGUGGCAAGGCGGGAUAUAUUAGCUGCUGCCACAUCACUAGUGAAAGCAGUUGAGUCGAAAUUGUCUGAUAAUAAGAUUACUGAUGAUCGAGGAUUUGUUGUUCCAGAUCAUAUUAAACAAAAACAUCUAGAAAAUUCAACUUUGAAAUCUGAUAGUAUCGAUAAGGUUGAAAUGCCAUUAACUGGUGACGAUCAGGACGCUGUGAAGAUUUCAAGCGUUCCAGAAUCUAAAAAUAACCAUGAAGUUUUGAAAAGUAACUGUGAAAGUGAAGAAGAGUUUCAUACGCCAACUGAUUUAACAUUCGAUGGUGAUGAAGUUAUAAAUUCAAAUGCAAACGACAAUAUAAAAUCUACAAAAGAAGGUUGA